AGACGACCUGCGAUUAGGUCAGGGAGAAGCAUUCUGGACAUGCCAUGUAGAAACUGGAUAUUAAUUUCUACUACUACUACAGAAGAUGAAAUUAUGGGGAAAUUUCUAAAAAUUUUGUUGAUUAUCUUUGUCGAUUUAAUGUCUAUUAUAUAUGUUGUUAUAACUUCUUAG